AUGAUCUUCGAGGGAAACGUGAGAGUGGAAAAGUCUGAUUCUACCCAGGAAUUGGCUUCAAUCGUCUCUACUCCCGAGGCUCGCCAAAACUUACUUGACAUUCUUAAACGGCAAAUUGACCAUGAUCCUGCGACUGAUGGAGAAAGCAGCGAUGGCGGCGAGAAUAUUUACGCACGGACUCCCGUGAAUUUAGCAGAUCCGCAAGAGGUUAUGAAGUACUAUGAAACAGCUUUUAAAAACCUCCAGCAGAUCAACUGUCGCGUGAUUGCUAAGGAAUUCAUCAAAUUCAUCCAGCCUCGAAAACAGCAUACCCACCCCUACAAGGGAGGAGACCAACGCAAACCAGAGUGGUGGCCCGCUGAUGUCAUGCACAAAGAACCCGACCAUCUACUCAAGGACGACCGCAUUAGACUUUUGAUCCACAUAAUCAGCAACGUCCGAGAUGAGAGAAUCACUUGUAAUAGUCUCAGAGAACUCGCGGGCGAUAUCAAGCGAAUGUUGAAUGACCCAUCUCGCGUGGAGAUUAUCUAUGAGAUUCUCGAUGUGUGCAAGGAGCGAGAGAGCAUAAAAGCAGGCAAGUCUUGA